AUGGGCGACGAAAAGUGGAAAGUAAGACUGCUUAGGGCAAGUGAGAUGAACCUAAACAAAAAAGAACGAACUCUUCGAAUCUAUCUAUCUAUCUAUCUAUCUAUCUAUCUAUCUAUCUAUGAAUGUUCAUUAUCUAAGUCUAUUCAUUAUCUAUCUAUCUAUCUAUCUAUCUAUCUAUCUAUGAAUGUUAAUUAUCUAAGUCUAUUCAUUAUUCAUCUAUCUAUCUAUCUAUCUAUCUAUGUUCAUUAUCUAAGUCUAUUCAUUUUCUAUCAUCUAUCUAUCUAUCUAUCUAAAUCCGCUCAUAUCUUUCUGUUUUUUUUUCUCUUUUUCUUUCUUUCCUUCUUCACUGUGUCCUCCUCUUUACUUUCUUCAUUCUUUUCGUCGUUUGAUUUGCCUUCUCUUUACUUUUUUUUUUUAUUUUUAUCUUUCCUAUCUGCUUUUCUUCAUUUUUCUUUUCAUAUUUUCUAUUUUGUUUUCCUUCUUUUCGUUUUACUUUCUCACCUAUUUUCUUCAUCUUCUUCACUUUUUUCUUUUUUUCUUUCCUAUCUUAUUUUUCUUUUUUUUUCUUUUUAUGUUGUCGCUUUUCUUUUUACUUCCAUUUCUUUUAUCUUCUUCUUUUCAUAUUUCAUUCAUUUUCUUAUUUUCUUUUUUCUUCAUUUUGUUCAUUUCACAUUUUUAUUUUUAUCUUUUCUAUCUUCUAUUUUUUCUUUUUUCUUUUUAUAUUUUCUCUUCAUUUUUUUAUUCCGUUUUUUUCUUCUUUUCAUUUUUCUUUUAUUUUCUCAUCUAUUUCCUCCAUUUUCUUCUCUUCAGGUUUUUUUUCAUUUUUUAUCUUUCUUAGAGUAUUUUUUUCUUUUCAUAUUUCCGCUUCCUUUCUUACUUUCGUUUUUUUUUUUUUUUUUUUUUUUAGGUGGGUGGAUUUUACUCCUUUUCAUUUGUUCUUUCAAUUUUUCUCCAAAUCUUCUUUUUUUUCUUCAUUCUCUUUUCUUCAUUUUACUUUUUUUCUUUUCAAAAGAUCAAUUGCUCUUCACGAAGGAUAUUUCUUUCUUUCUUUCCUUUAAUAUCCUAUCAUUAUUUGUUCCUGUCUUUCUUCCCUUAUUUACUUUCUGUUUCUUUAUAUUUCAUCAUGUUUUUUUCUUUCUUUACGUUUCUUCGUUUUGCUCUUUCCUUGUUGCUUCCUUUUUGUUUUCCUCUACUUUUAUUUUAUUUCUUCUUUUUUUGUUUAUUCUUCUUUUUCCUCUCUCUUUAUUACCUUCCUUUCCUUUUAUCUUUCUUUCGUUCUUUCUUUCUUUCGUUCUUUCGUUCUUUCUUCCUUCCUUUCAUUCUAUUUUUCUUUCGUUCGUUCUUCCUUUCAUUCUUACUUCCUUUUUCAUUUCUUUCUUUCUUUCUUUCUUUCUUUCUUUCUUUCUUUCUUUCUUUCUAUAUUCCUUCCUUUCUUCCUUUCGCUUUUUCUUUCUUCCACGUCGCCAUAUUCAUAACAUCACCAUAUUCCUGAUAUCGACAUAUUCGAGACGUCGCCAUAUUCAUAACAUCACCAUAUUCCUGAUGUCAACAUAUUCGAGACGUCGCCAUAUUCAUAACAUCACCAUAUUCCUGAUGUCAACAUAUUCGAGACGUCGCCAUAUUCAUAACAUCACCAUAUUUCUGAUGUCGACAUAUUCGAGACGUCCCCAUAUUCAUAACAUCACCAUAUUUCUGAUGUCGACAUAUUCCAGACAUCGCCAUAUUCAUAAAAUUAGUAUAUUCCUGAGGUCGGAUAUUUUUACCGCCUUCACCACAUUCAGAACAUCACCAUUCUUAUGGGGAUGUCGCCAUAUUCGGAACAUGAUGUCGACAUCGACACAUUCCAUAUUAAAAGACGUCGCCAUAUUCAUAACAUCACCAUAUUCCUGA